GAUUUUAACUUCUCUAUCAAACAUUGAGAGAAUGGCGCUGGAUUGGAUAGCAGCCAUUGUUUUCUCCAUUUCCUAUGACCGAAAAGAGCUUCUGAACAUCAGAACAGCGAUCAUUAACCUUGAUUUGGAUAAAGAUUUAUACUUCAACGAGUCUGAGGCGCACAACAUGUUGCUCACCGCCGGACCAGGCCCCAAAGCUUGAUUAUUAGUUGAUUGUUUGAAUCAGCUGUGUAGUGCUAGGGCAAAAAACUAAAUGAAUUUGGGAAAGCCUGGGCUAAGCGUAGCUGGGGAGGAAGUGUAGUUUGUCAACUGGAGGCACACACAGUGUAUGGAUCUGUGCAAAUCUGUUACAAUUGUCUCCAUGCCACUGACAAAUGCUGAAAAGCAAAAAAGGUCACGAGUCUGUUCAUCAUCUAAUGAAGAUGGAUCAAUAUGGGAGAUGUGAAAGCAGUGAUCAGCCAGAAGAAGAUCACUCACUGCAUUGGAGUGAGGUUAAAGAGGAGGCUGAAGAAUGUCCGAUUUCAGCUGUGUCGUUAGGAGUUGAAACAUCCCAGGUUUGUCAAAAGGAGGACCCCGAUGAACAAGAGCCUUCCUUUGACACAGUUUUAGACAUACAUGGAGUCACAGAGCAGGAGUGUGGACAUAAAGGCAUGACACAUCUAAAGGUGCUGCCUUCUCCAGUCCCAGUCAAAGAGGAGUCUGAAGAAUGCUCCCUUCUGCCAGUAGAUGAAGAGGAAGUUGCCCUAUUUACAGUGAAGAAGGAAGAGGAUGAAGACUGGUUGAAGUCAGGAGAUGAGGAUGUUGUGAAAGUGUCAGUGCCUUGGGAACCGUUGGAAACAACAUCAUCAUCAUCAUGCUCCGAUACAGAGGAUACAGAGGACAGUGAGAUGGAAAGUGAUAAUGUGCAGGACUGUGACAACCAUGAGCGUGAUGUUUCAAGAGGAGUGAAGAUUAAAGAUUGCAGCAGAACAUCAUUGGAUCCAGGGACGGUACCAGAUAGAGAUGAGAAAGCUAAUGCUGUUGAUUUCAGUGGCUUUGAAGGGGGGUCCUCCUUCUACCCCUGCCCCCAUUGUGCAAUCGGCUUCACCAUAGAACGCUUUUUCCUUGGGCACCUGAAGAGGGACCACCCUAAAGAUUACAUUGAAAUGCUGAAGACUGGGAAAAUCAAAGCCUAUAAAAGAGGGAGUUUACGGGUGACCCCAGCCACAUGCCCGCAAUGUGGCAAGAGCUUCACCAAUAAAUAUGUUAUGCAAACGCAUCAGAGGACUCAUGCAGGGAAGAAAUCCUAUCACUGUGCAGACUGUGGGAAGAGCUUUGUCUACGCUGAUGCACUUAAAAGACACAGAUGGACUCACGCUGGGGAGAGCAUAUAAAUGCUCUUGAGUGUGGCAAAGGAUUCAGCGGACGAACGAGUCUGACCAGCCAUGAAAUGAUCCAUACAGGAGAGGGACCAUUUAAAUGCCCUGUGGGGGGAAAUGAUUCAAUCAGGACGUAACUUAAAAUGUCACCAACGAUUCUGUGUAAAGACCGAGUAAAGUUGUAACGGAAGAAGUACAUAUAUUAUCUUUAGUGAGUAGGUGUCAGAGGAUUGCAAUAAAAAAAACAUAUUAUAAAUAUAUAAUAAUGUAACUGAUGUAAUACACUGCCACCUAAUUAAGUAUGUUAUUGGUACAUUGGUCUAGUUGAAAAUGUAAAUCAUUCAAGACAGGCCUUUUCCUUUUCUGACGUAGGAUUCAUGGUAGUAGGAUUCAUGUAAAUGUAUGCCCAGCAGGUGGCAGUAAAAUACAUUUUUAAAGGAAAAUAAAAUAUUUUCAAAUUGGU